CACUUCCUCCGAGCAUCAACGGCCAUCUUUAAUUUUAACUCAUUGAUGAAAAGUUGUUUUCGCCCCUGUGAAGCCGCCUCGUUAGCGCGCGGAGCCUCCUCGACGGCGCCGGUUUCAUGUAGUUUUUCCGCCCUGAGAGCAGCGCAGCACCGCAGCAGGCUGUCUGUCCGCAGAGAAUAAGCGAACACCGACAGGAGCAAUGAGAAAGAAGCAGACUGCCAAACAGCGGAAGACUGAGGAGACGACUGUAGUUCAGGAGUUUGCGGUGGACCAAAUAAUCCGCCGCAGAGUCUUUAAUGGAAGAGUGGAGUACUUCCUCAAGUGGAAAGGCUUCACAGAUGCAGAAAACACGUGGGAACCCGAGGACAAUCUGGACUGCCCUGAACUCAUCGAGGAGUUCCUGAGAAACUCUCAUUUCUCGGAGCAGAACGAAGAAGAGCAGGCAGAGUUCAUUCCCAAAGAAGAGAUGACCGAGCGAGAGACGGAAAUUUCCUGUCUGCAGUCUCAGCACCAGGCCCAAACAAUGCAGAGCGACAGCCGCAUCCUGCAGCCAGACGAGGAGCACUCAGACGGCCCGACAGACCUCAGCAGUUACCUGGAGCCUGAAUGCAUCAUCGGCUCCACAGACAGAAAGGGAGAGCUCAUGUUCUUAGUCAAAUGGAAAAACUCGGACGACGUGGCUCUGCUGCCGGCCCACGAAGCCAGCGCCAGAUGUCCCCAGGUGGUCAUCGACUUCUAUGAGCGGAAGCUGACCUGGCACUGCAGAGAGGAGGAGGCGGCGGCGGAGGAGGAGGAGCAGUAAAAUGUGUGUGUGUGUGUGUUGUACGCCGAGGUGAACUGAUAAACAGCUGCUCUCUCACCUGAAGCUUAGUUUAACCUCCAUCAAGUGUGUCCUCCCUUCAGCUGACAUUAGAGGCGCUCGGUGUGAAAUCCCGUCCCACCGCAGGUUGAGUUUCAAACUCUGGCAGGUGUGAGAUUCUCAGCGGGGAUGGAUUGUUGUUGUUGGUUUUUUUUAUUUCCUUUCAGUCCUGUGGUGCUCAGUAAGGUCACUGUGCCUUUGAGGAAGCCGUGAUGGAGACUACAACUAACCUUUAUGUCGAGCUGUUCAAUCUGAGGUCAGACUAACCAGUUUCUGUUUUUUUUCUCGUGUCAUGUAGCAGACUCGAUCACUGUGGACGUGUUUUGUUUUUAAGCUAUUGUUACAAGAGUAAUUUGGUAUUUCUAGCCCUGUUUAACUCUAAGUGUGUCACUGGGAGGGGCCCACGGCCGCUGAGUGUGAGUUUUCUCUCCUGUAUGCCAGCGGGAGCUCCCUGCUCUUCUAUUCCUUGUAGUUUUUUUGGUUAGGCCUUAAAAAUUGUAGAUCUGUUUUUGAAGUGCAAAUGUGGUGAGGUGUUUAUAAAACUGAGGUUUUUUUCUGUGUUUCACUGUAUUUCUGUAAAAUCCUUGUGUUCGAUGUGAACGACGUGUCGCCCAAGUCAAAGUCCCCAUAUUUCCAAUCAGAUAUGUACCAGACACUCUCCUCUUUAUUCAUAGCUGCAAAAGUACUGAAUGAUUUGAUGUUUCUUUUUUUUCCCCUCAAAGUAAAGACCUGGUAGUCGUAUUUCUAAAUUUGACUGACACCUACUGCAGGUGAGAAGAUUGUUAAAUGUAGCACUUUAGAUAUGAGCCUGUGCGCUGACGCAGGUUUGUAUGGACUUGACUUGUAUCCUGGCGACACCGUCGUAAUUCAACAUAUCUCCCAUGACUGUUAUGGGACACUCAGCUGAACCUUAAACCUCUUAAAACUCAACUGCUCCUGAACUACUGUACCUGUUGACCAUGAAUCUGUGAAGUCUGAAUAAAAGAAACCUUUUGUGACA